UAUAAAUAAACAAAGAAAAAUAAAAGACCAGAAGAAAAAUGAAAUUGGUUUUUGGUUCGUAAAAUAAAAGAACAGUGGGCAAAAUCAAAUGCCGUAGUGAGCAGUUGUCGAAAUUGCCAAAUUGAAGGAUUUGAUUUCAUCAAUUCUGCUUGAUCUUCGUCCAUUCAGAGCUGAUCAUCUUCCUCUGCGGUUUCGCCAUGGCUGCACCGUUUUUCUCGACGCCUUUUCAGCCGUACGUGUACCAGAGUCAACAAGAUGCUGUGGUACCUUUUCAAAUUUUAGGAGGUGAAGCUCAACUGGUUCAGAUAAUGUUGAAGCCAGAAGAAAAGGUUAUCGCGAAGCCUGGUUCAAUGUGCUUCAUGUCUGGGUCGAUCGAGAUGGAAAAUGUUUUUGUUCCUGAAAAUGAAGGAGGCAUGUGGCAGUGGCUUUUUGGGAAGACAGUCAGCAGCAUAACUUUUCGUAAUGCUGGUCAAGGUGAUGGGUUUGUCGGGAUUGGCGCACCUACUCUUGCAAGAGUUCUCCCGAUUGAUUUGGCUAUGUUUGGUGGAGAGAUUUUGUGCCAGCCAGAUGCAUUCCUUUGUUCUGUCAGUGAUGUUAAAGUCAGUAACACAAUUGAUCAAAGGGCACGUAAUGUUAUUCCUGGUCCAGAGGGAUUUCUAAGACAGAAGCUGUCUGGCCGAGGUCUCGCAUUUAUACUUGGAGGUGGAUCUGUUGUACAGAAAAAUCUUGAGGUGGGCGAAGUACUAUCUGUUGAUGUGUCUUGUAUAGCUGCCGUGACUGGAACAGUCAAUAUCCAAAUCAAAUUCAAUGGUACCAUGAGAAGAGCACUGUUUGGCAGUGACAAUCUGGUAACGGCUGUUCUAACCGGACCAGGCAUCGUCUUCAUUCAGAGUUUACCUUUUCAUCGAUUUUCUCAGCGCAUUGCCAGGGCGGUUACAUCCCCAAACAUGAGGGAAAAUCCAAAGUUCUACGUGCAGAUAGCCAUUUUCUUUUUUCUGGCAUAUGUUGUGAUUGUAUCUUCCUUAAUCUUGACUGAUGUAUGAAUUUUACGUUUUUUUUUUCUUUUUCAUCUCCUAUCUACAGAGAUACCAGUAUCAUAUCCGUUCUUUUUCGUCAAUGGCUGCUGUAGUUUGAUUCGAUUUCGAUAUAAUCAGAUCAAUAGAAACAGAGGAUUUUAGAUUUUAUU